CUCCUGGGAUGGGAAAGAAGAGAUCAUCUCUUCUCAGGAAAGAAUACAAGAUCCUCCUUCUAGGCAUAAGCCAGGCCAGGCACGAGUUCUGGCAGGAGGAUCUAGCCAACGACCCUAGACAGGGGCCAGGUGGCUAAAGGGCUCCAGGCCAAAAUCCCAAACCCAGUGGCCGGUGGCUGAGGCCCAGAUCCUAAGAAUCUGAUGUCUGCAGGAGGACAGGCCCCUGAGCACUGAUUUACCAGCUGCCUUCCUAGGGCAGGGGUCUAGGGCGAGGCUUCGUCCAGGCUGACCCGAGGGCAGUGCUGAGCCCGCAGUGCCUCUGAGCAGGGGCUGCAGUGGGGCGUUGGCCUCGGGAGGCACAGUGCGGCCUGACGGAGCUCAGAGGGGCCUGUAGGUCUGAGCACGUGUGUGUUUCUUGAGGAGAGAAAUCCACUGACGCAAGAAAGCCAGGGCGGGUCCCACACAGAAAAUCCUUCUUUACAUUCUUCAAGGAAGGAAAAGGGAAAAUGUUCUUAUCUAUGUCAAAAAUGAGUACAAGGACAGGACACCUCGGGGCCUGUUAGGUAAAUGUAGCAAGUCCUGUGUAUAGACACCGAGCCUCUGCAGCUUGUCUAUGGAGGUGAGUGAGACUUGGUCCCAGCCUGUCAUGUUUUUGGUCCCUCAGCAUCACUUGGAGCCAAAUGGAAAGAAAAAGUAUAAAAAAAGAAGUGGAUCUCUGAAAGGUGAGCUUCUGUCAGCCGGCCCUGCCCACCCGAGUCAGCCUGUCUCUCCCGCUGGAGGGCCCAGCUACACGACGCCCCUGAGGAUGGUGUUGCCCAGCACGGACGCGGUGGGCUGGAGUGGACCAAGAGUGUCCGGAUUGGGAAGGGGGGACUCCAGGUCCACGUGCGGGCAUUUAACUUCCCUAAGGUGCCUCUGUGAGGUGGCCCUUGCCAUGUCUCCCCCAGAGGGUGGCUGUGAGGGCCGCAGCAGGCAAUGGAUGUCGAAGCACUUUGCAAGUGGCAAAGCGUUCCCAGUCACGAGUCUUGCCAUCGCCGUCAGGGAUCCUGUGGCCUUGGACUCUGAGGCUUGGGCUCCAGGCUCUAACCUCCCCAAUGUCUCCCCUAAAGGGAUGUAGCCCUCAGUCUCCUAUAAGACACCUAGGUCCCUGCCUUCCCCACGAUGACCCCGUCUUCCGCUUUCCAGCUUGCAGGGAAUUCCUUCGUGACCUGGGAGAGAUUAAGGACCUGUUACUUCUUCUGAGAAGCCGCGUGAGGAGGCUCCUUGACAACGGUGACUCUCAGAUGUCAUCGCAAGAGCAGCCCAGUGAGGGGUCCGAAGCAGAGCCUGCGGGAGCCCAGUGGCCGUGCGGGGAGCCUGAGGACAGCACUGCUCCUGCCGUGGGCCCUUCGGCUCCCUUGGCUCCUCCGGCCACACGCUCUCCACCUCUGGCCUCCAGCUGCUCACCAGGCCUGCUAACGUCCAAAGUUGGUGUCCAUUCAGACUCGUCCCGGAGUGACUCUCAGCCACCAGAGCCUCUCCCACGUACUCCUUCCCCUUCCCCACCAAAUUCCACGGAUUCAGAGCCUUGCCCUCCACCUCCAAUGGCUUCCUUUGUCCCACCACCAAGCUCCACUCCGACUCACACUCAGCGUGACUCAAUGGCACUCUGCCUAGGCACCCUCCCAUGGAGCUCGGCCCCAUAUGCACACUGGCUGGCUUCUCACACCCGAGUCAUCUCAGGCGUUGGUCGCGCAACCUCGCCCGUGCCAGCCCCUUCCAGGUGUCAGGCAGAUGGCAAAGCCUGGAGCCGCUCGACCUCCUCACGAUCCAAGUCGCAGCAAGAACACCUGCCCCAACACCCACCAGAGGUCUCAUUCUGGGGACACCCCACAGACAAACAGGUAGAGGCUUGUAGCCCCUCAUUUGUCAACCCUGACACCCAGAAGCUGCGGGAGACACUGAUCAGCAGGAGAACAGAGCAGAAGAUGAGGAAGGAGAACGAAAAGGGAGAUGGGUCAGACCACCGCCUGAAUUCUUUGGGGACUGUGAAGUCCCUGGGUGAGAGCACAAAAGGCAAACCAGAGCAGCUGGCCAGUCAUGGAAAGCCCCCAGAUACUAAAGAUUUGGGGGUCCAUUUACAGCAGAAAUGCGAACAGUUCUUCUGGGGUAUCCCCUUUCUACACAGCGAGUCGCUGGAGGCUAAUGCCAGGGAAUCUGGUUCCCAGCACGAUAUUCGCUCUGUCUCUUUCAAUGGACACUCUUCUGCCUUCCCAUUCCGAUUUCAGGCUACACGCACAGUAGGGCCACGCAUUUCACCAACCCAACCCCUGCCUCAGCCUGUGGCCCCAUCCCAGCCCUUGUAUCAGCUUGCGGCCCCAUCCCAGGUCCUGCCUCAGCUUGUAGCCCCAUCCCAGCACAAUCUGGAAUGUCAUACUGUGGAGAAGCAGCGAGAAAGUGAGCAGAAGACCUUACCUCCUAUGCUUCAAAAAGCUCAAGUCUUCAGCCCAGUGAGUCCCCUCCCUGCCCCCUCACCUACGUAUGAGGAAAUCCAGAAGACCCUGGGAGAGACCCUACCUGAUGAUGGCCACGCAUCCUCAGAGGCCCCUCUGACCACACAGGCGAGCAGGCCACCUGCGCAGACCUCCACGUGCAUGUCUGUGGCCAGAAUGUGGCACAGCGAGAUGGCCGUGAGGGCCCACAGAGCCAGCCUGGAGCUGCACCCAGGUGCAGCCACGGCCAGCAGUGAGUCAGGUGGGGAGGGUGGAGGCUGGGCCGCAGGAGUCCCCCACUGCAGGAUCACAGUGUUGGAGGGCAGCACUGGGUCCCCUUCUUCAAGUGCUGAUGAAGACGGGGAGUCGGUGGUGGCUGAGGAGGCCUGUGCUUAGAAUGUCACCUUGAAAUCCAGUGUGCCGGCCAGCUCCCAAAUUACUAAUGUGGAUCUGAGGAGAUCAGGGACUCCAGGGACAAAUAAAAUCCCAACACUGCCAAGUGAAAAGGGUGCGAUUCAGGAUCCGGAAGAGCCACGGCCUGAUGCACAGCACAGUGACUCUGAGCUCCGCGAGAAGGUAGCGUCUGGGAAGCAGCCUGCGGACAGCGGCCCUGCUGAGCUUCUUCAGGACUGCGACGCUCCCGCGCUCCCGCAGCACUCCCGGGCGUUUCUUGCCGCAGACGGUUCGGAUUCUCAGAGCUCUCUGUGCAGCUCGCAGAGCACAUCAACUGGGGACACAUCAGCUGCGCAUGUGUCAGGUGACAUCAUGUUGAGUAGAUGGGCCUCACAUCAGAGCAGCCAGGGGCUGCAGGGGUCCUGGAGACGGGAGGAGCCAGAUCAGAGCCAGAGCAAGAUGGCUGUCCCUGCUGGUGAGGAAAAGCACUGUAGGAGGUCCAGCCAAGGAGAGCAGGAGAAAAGAUCAGCAGAACCGAGGGCCUCCCAGGACAAUGGGAUGCUAAAUAAGGAUAAGGAAACAGUAGAAUCCUUAAGAAGCAAGUCCUGCCAGCUGGGACAGAAGGAGGAACAGGCUCCUCCAGAAAGCCACCUCACAAAAAAGACACAGCACGUUCCGCGGGGGAUUUUCUGCAGUGAACUUCCCCAGCAAAAAGGCAGGCCUCCGUCAGCCACUGCCCAGAGCCAGGGACAAGACAAUAGCAGAUCUGCUCCAGACAGCGCGGCUGCUGAGGCUCAGGGGAUCGCGACAGCCUCGUCCCCUGUGGGACGGAUCCUAGGCGAGAAAAUCAAACUUCAAAAUGGACGUCCUCCCUCGGAGUUAAAUUGGCACAAAGGGCAAUUCCAGGCUCCCGCAGGAGAACAUGGUGCCACAGACUUCUGGUACCACAGGCUUCUCUCCUAUGAAGAGCAAGGGAGGGCGACGAGACAGAAAGCCUGCAAUCUACAGGCCACCCUGAAGGGCCACAGCAGUGCUGGCAAGAGCAGGCUGGCCAGAGACAAGGACGGCAACAGGGCCUUCCCACCCCCGUGAGCUGGGGUGCCCGGUCAGGCCCAGCCAGCACGGGCCAAGGGCGGCAGGUGCCUCAGCCUGCACCCUCCACUGCCCAAGGCAUCCUAUGAUUCAGAGAGAUGUGCCAUCUGUUCAGCGGGAGCGGGGUUUCAUGUGUUUCCUGGGACAACUUUUCUUCAAGAAAAGAUCCAUAUAGUGUGAAGAAAACUUGGUUUUCCUUACGUCAGCACAUCCCCUUAGUGCUGAUGGAUUCUUCCUACCUCAACUUCCAUCAUUUCCCAAAAUACAUGCUUUUCUCUCAGGAGAGGUGGUGGCUUCUGUCUGUGCCCUGCUGGGGGAAGGGAAGGAGUCAGGGUCCGCUCUUCCCACGCAGCCACCGUGGCUUCCCGAGAGGUGGAAAUGGAGGUUGAGGAUGCCUGUGGUGUGGCAUGCCCACCUGCACCCCUUGCCCUCGAUGCACCUUAGGUUUCCAUGAGAGCCUCAUUACAAAACAAAAGCAUCUGGACUUGAGAAGAUGAGGAAAACCUGUAAGAUGCCCCCCAACCCCAGGAUCUGGCUCAGCCGGCCCCACUGCUUGCUCUUGGGCAGCUGUGAGGGAGACGUUUAAAGAGGCUGAAAUUCCCCUCAGGCUCCAGAAAGUAUCUGAAAAGUUCCCCGCAGGCGCAGGGGUGUCCGGGGCAGUGCUUGCCUGAGAGCAGAGGCGCAGGAGACCUCCCCCACCCGGAGCUCCGGGUGGGGAGUAGCUGACACCUGCCGGGCAGCCCCUUCUGUCCUGAUGAAGCCGGGGUUGCGGUGGGCUCGGGUCCCUCUAGCUCAGCA